AUGGUGGACUCGAAGUCGUUCGCUGUCAUUAUACCCGUAGAACAAGACCCAAAAAGUAUUUCGAGAGAGCGUUUCGUCUCUUUGCUAGAGUACUGUGAAGAAGAGCUUGGAGUGGAACGAGUGCUAGCAGUGUUUGAAAGACCAGGAUUAUCCAUGUCCGAGGGCUUUCCACGAACACUUCGGUAUAUCGGUUUCAGAGUGCUUCCACCGGACAGCGUUCCAACACCAUUGUCGUCUGACAAGUUCUUUGUAAUGAGUUAUGCUGUCUAA